AUGAACACUAACAAAAAACUUGGAAUCCUCCCUAACGAAACCGACAAAAUUAAGCAUUCCAUUGCUGGAGCCGUCGCAGGUUGUGUCAGUUCUAUUGUAACGUGUCCUUUAGACGUAGUAAAAACUAGGUUACAAAAUCAAGGCAAAUUUGAUCAAAGUGUACCCUUAUAUAGUGGUACAGGAGGAACUUUAAAGCGUAUAUGGGUAGAAGAAGGAAUUCGUGGGUUAUAUCGUGGACUUGGACCUACAUUAUAUGGAUAUCUCCCAACUUGGGCUAUUUAUUUCAGCGCAUAUGAUUAUUUCAAAGCAGCAUUUGGAGCUCAUGCAGGACGAACCGGAAAUCACCAAUGGGUUGUGCAUAUAUUCGCGGCCAUGGGCGCAGGUGCCACGAGUACUAUAGUCACUAAUCCAUUAUGGGUGAUAAAAACACGGUUCAUGACGCAAAAUGAAAGAACAUCAUACAUGUACAAGAAUACAUUAGACGCUUUUAAAACAAUAUAUUCAACUGAAGGAUUUAGGGGAUUUUAUAAAGGUCUUGGUCCUUCAUUAAUGGGUGUAAGUCACGUUGCUGUACAAUUUCCUUUAUAUGAAAAAUUGAAGGUUCGGCUAAAACAACCUGAUCAAGAUCAUUUAUCCAAUCUUUCGAUUUUAUUCGCAUCAUCAGUUUCAAAAAUGGCUGCAUCAGUAGCAACAUAUCCACAUGAAGUAGUUCGUACACGUUUACAAAAUCAAACGCGUAAACCAUUCAAAUAUGAUGGAGUAUUCCAUGCUAUAAACGUAAUAAGGCAUGAAGAAGGUUGGCUAGCUUUUUAUAAUGGAAUGUCAACAAAUUUAUUGAGAACUGUACCCGCAAGUGCUUUAACAAUUUUAACUUAUGAGAUAUUAGUUAGAAGGUUAAAUGCUAAAGGUAGUUGA